CUCUUAGCUACAGACGGCUAAUGAUAGCUAACUCAAAGCGAUUCGGUUUGCUGCGUAGAUUAUCGUAAACAUCACGUCCAAAUAAGGUGGGAACGCCUCAGUUGUAAGUUUACUGCUGCUUGAGUGUGUGUCUACGCGAGGAAUAAACCCAGGAGGACAUCAUGUGAGGAUGGAUGUUUUCUUCAUUGUAACAUUGUCGCUUUGGAAUCUGUAAGACCUGCUGCCAGAUGACCAGUAGACAGCAUCACUCACCAUGAAACCUGUCAGCUACCAAAGCAUGCCAUCAUCUGUUAAUGGUGGACAUUCAAAUUUGGCAUUGGACCACCUAUUAAGCACCACCAAUGUGCUGUCCUGUGAAAAAUGUGGAUUUACUUCUGCAGACGCAGUUGGGUUCAAGAAGCACAUGAUCGAGCAUAUGGGGACAAGGUUUUAUUGUUUUUAUUGCAACAGUGUCUCCUUCAGUGAGGCAGAAUUAAAUGAACACUUGAAGCAGCAUACUUCAAAGUAUCCAUUCAAAUGUCCUCACUGUGGACAGGGCUAUAUGAGGAGGCGGUGCCUUAUGAAGCACAUUGACCGAUUGCAUAGUAAAAACAUUAGUCAAGGACCUGCUAAGCCUGGCAUGGCUAAAAGUUUACAUGUCCCUGUCUCCAGUGCCUUAACAAGUGCACCCACUUCUGAUCUAUCACCACUCCGACCGCUUGUCCGGGUGACAGUACCCACCCCUGCUGCAGUACCCACCCCUGCUGUCCUAUUGAGAAAAGAUGAUCAAAGAGGGAAGACACUGGACACAAAUUUAUCAAAUUCCACCAGUGGCAAUACUGAACGUGUCCCCUCUCUAAAUGGACUCAUCCAGCACAACAGGGCUCUAACAGUUUCUCUACCAGAGGAGGUAACAAUCCCAGCUGGCUGUCUGGUCGAAUUAGUCGAGGUAAAAACUGUUAAUGGGACUAAGGAGCUAAAGUUGAGGCUGGUCUCGCAACAAGAAAAUGAAUCGGUGAUAAAGGACACAAAAACUGCGGUUUGCCCAAAUACUACAGGGGGAAAGUCAUUAUUAUUGUCCACGCCACAUUCCCCAAACACAGUGAGGUCUAUGUCUAUGGGGAUGUGCACAGUCAAUAGGAAACAGUGUGAAGCAAAGGCAGUAAAUGUGGAGCGUCCAGCUGUUGUCCCAGCCAAUAUUUCCUGCAACCCUCCUAGUCUAGCGAGCAAAGAAAAAAAUGGAUUAAAAAGGGCAUCAUCAGAAAUAAUCAACUUGGAGUGUAAUACAGUCAUCCCAAACAAGGUUUCCAAAAGCACCCUCAGUCCGAUGAGGGAAGGAAAUAGUGGGAUCAGAGUUACACAAACUGCAGCUGGAAACCACGGUGCAGCUUCUCCUGCUGCCAUAGCGGGCAGAGUUGCUAACAGGUUGAGUACUUCCUUGCAUCCAGGCAUGGGAGCAAGUGUUCCUCAGAGAGUGAUGGAGGAGAGAAAGAAUGCAACUCUGCAACAUUCCAAGAGCGUUCCACCCAGGAGGGCAUCUGACACAAACAGUGUUCAAGAUGUGUCGGCAGCUGUGAAGCUGGAGCCGAGGGAGAACUGCAUCAGAAGCAACAGUUCUUCAAAAGCAGUGAAGGAGGUAGUGUGCUUGAACCAGCAAAGCACACCAGCUUCUAAAUCUUUGAGUGUUCCUGUAGCCGCAGUUACCCAAAUGAGACCUUCACCAAUUUUAGUGAGUAAAGACAAUGUUGUAAAUCAACCUUUUCCAAUACCCAGGACACUAAGAAAACCCUCACCAAUAAAAAUAUCCAUCAAAUCUAGUCACACAAAUCCAAAAACAUCUCCUUGGACCCAGGAAGUCAGAUGUAAUGACACAGCAAAAGGUAGCAACAUGUCAAAACCUGAAAGUUUUCCAGUCAUUUCCUCUGUGUUUUCUUUGAGUGAACAGCAAGAGGGAGGUCAAGGUCCUAUCCAGCCAUUGGUAAUGGCUCUGCGAGGCAUAGUGAUGGAUAAAAAGCACAGUUCCAACAGUAAAACUCAAGAUCAUAUUAAGAUAACAAAUGGCACUGACCAAAUGUGUAAGGCUCUGACGUCAGAGCAGUGUGCUCGGGCGGACACAGCAAAUGGAUUCUUCACCCAUGACGUGUUACUAACAGAGCAAGCAAGUCAGUCUUUAAAAGCAGAAGAUGAGGAUAAAGGUGUUCUGCAUCCACUUGCACUGACCCAAAAUAGCAGCCUUGUCAAGGAGGAGAAUAAUGACUCUAAAAUAUCAGGUGGUAACAAACACAGUCCCACUCCUGCUUCAGAGUCUUCAGCAUGUGAAGAAUCUAAAAUUGCCCUGCAUGUAGAUAAAACUGCCUCGCAUGUCCAGGUAUCUACAACUACAGAUCCUCUACAGGAAACAGACAAAACUGAGCAUGACGUCUCAAAGUUUCUUACUAUUUCUCUGAAACGGGUACAGGUCGGUGUGUGGAGGAAACGCAAGAAGGGACUGAAACUUAGAAUAUCCCGAUACAAGCCUCAGACAUCUGUGAGCACCAUCACUGAUUGUACAUUUAUUUCCCUGAUGCCACUGAAGGAGGACCAGCUAGUACAGCAACCAGGCCCGAACCAGCCGGUGGUGGUGCUCAACCAUCCGAAGCCACGGAUCUCUGUACAUGGAACGAGAACAGACACAUUUGCUGACAUGAAAAAAUCUGAGGCGGUUCCAAAGUGUCAGAUCUUAAAAAUGAGGCUGAGCAAAGUGAUGGGACAAAAGUAUGAGGUGAUGGGAUGCACCGUCGGAGUCUUUCCAUGAAUGUCUUGCUCGUUAAUGGACUACAUUUAUGGGAGAAAUAAAUGGUGUUACAAUGGAAUGAAGUUAUCUUAAAAAAACUCAUAAAAUAUUACGGCAAUUAUUUUCUUAACGGGAGCGUAAUGUCUAAAAUAUGGACAUCAGCAACAUUGUCUUAUAUGUAUUAUAUGGAAAAAUCAUGUGCAAUGCAGUUUGACCGUUUUGAGUCAUAAAACCUGAACUGUCUGCCACAGUAGAUUGUAUACAGUAACUCACAGAUGUAAAGUACUGUUUCAGAAGUUAGAGAAACCAUUAGAUCUGCCCAAGGUAUUAAUGCAUGAUGUUUAUUUGAAGCCGAUUACUUUUUAAAUUUGCAUUACUAAUUUUCAUCUGGCACCUUACACAUGUGGAAUGGGAUUAGCCUAUCAGUAAGUGAUGGGAAAGGUAGAAAUAAUGUUUUUUUUAUGAUUUCUUAUGGGUUACAACUCCCAUGCAAUAAAGCAUAUAAAAGUCUUAAUGAAGUAAUAAUCUGAAUUCAUAUAAAGAGAAGAGCUCAACACAAAAAGUUGACUUCCAGUUGUCUUGUAAUAUAUUUAGCAUUUUCCAACAGUGCUUCUGUUUAUUUGCGUUGUGAGAGGACUAAACGCAUAUGCACUUAUGACAUCUUGUUAAGGUAAAUAUUUGAAACCUGAUGACUUUAUCAUUGUCCAAAGCCUUGUAGAAUUAGAAAAAGCCUUCAAAAUUGGCCAAAUAUAUCAGAGCUAUGACGUGUGCUGCAGCUGAUUUUGUAGUGGUGCAUUCAGGGACACUAAAAACUCUUGUACUUGGGGAAACUGACAAGAUGGGAAUAGUGAAAUGAAGAGAUAUACUCCUUAUUGUAGUCUUUUGUUACCUUUUUUUUUAUCAGGUUUGGCUGUUAUAAAUCACUGGAUGUAAUGGAUUUAAAAGCUUUUCUUUUUUUUUUGUCAUUUGAAGUCUGAAGAGAAAUGUUAAAGUUGUACUUUAAAUUGUAGUAUUUUGGAAUGUGUGAAGUUCACUGGUAUUUACUACUUUGCUGGAUAUUCUUGGUCAUGAGUAUGAACAUUUUGGAUAUUCCCUGAUAGGUGCGUGAAUGUGCCAAUAUUAUUGAUUGCUGUGAGGCUAGAUGUUCCAGACAGGACCAAGGGUAGUCACAGUUGAAAGAUAGUUUUUGUUCAAAACUACAAGUUUAAGGGUCUUUAAAAAUCAUUGUGCAUUCUUAUUUAAAUAUUUGGUCCUGAGUACACUAAUGUUUAAUUUAAAUCUUGUCAAAGAAUUUAAAUGUGCAUUAAGUCAACAGACAUCCUAAUGCUUGUUUUACUUUUUCAUCCUAGUUGUUCUGAAAAUGAUCUUGGACCUUAAAUUUGUCACUGUGCAUGACACUUUAAGGUCCACCUGCAGCUAAAAAAAAAAGAAAAGAAAGAUAAUACUACCAGACAGACAUGCAGUUCUUUGUUUUUGUGUUUUCCCACCAUGAAGAUGCUCAGUGUCUGUGGAAAUCCUUGGGCCCUCAACCUGUUGUACAUUUUUCAAAUGUAUGAAAUGAACAUAAUCAUCUGUUCUGAUAAUUUGUGGAUCCGUUUCUCUUCUUAUGGCAGCAUUUUGACACCUGUGUGUCCUUGUUUAUAAUAUAGUAUAAUAUAGUCACGUUGUAUAAGGUGCUAGACCUGUGAUUAAAUUUAUUGGUUUUGAUUGGCCUCAGUUUUUACUUUUUUUAUCAUCUUAAUAUUUUAUUGUAAAUAUACCUAUAAAUAUAAAACAUGACAACUGGUGUUGGGACUUGGUAUUUAAUGGCAGACUUUGCAUCAACAUUCAUGCUGUGCUUUCUUUACACUGCAGUAUGUGAAGCUUCUGUUCAGUCCCUGUCAUAGAUUAUUAUUUCAGAAUUUGACUGUCUGGCUUUUCAGCCAUUUCUCAUUUGUUGGGUUGUCAUGUUCCAGUCAAGUGUUUUUAAUUUUAUGAGAUCAUCAGUGUUUAUUAUUGUAAUUCAUGCUUUUUUUUAUAACAAUUGUGUAACUCCUGUUUUUCUAUUAAAACAAAUCAGA